AUGUCUUCCAAAGCCACACCGUCCGCCGAGAAGGCAAAGACUCCAGCGGAAACAGCCAAGCCAUAUGGGACUGCUGCGAAGGCUACGGCUUCAAAGGCCGCGAGUAAGGCUGUGACGACCAACCCGGACUCUUCUGCUACAGAGGUGGCGCAGCAGGACACCAUCAAAGCGAUCGAGAAGCUUGAGAUCCGGACGAAGGCUGUAAGCAACGCCAACAAUAUCGCUCGCGUGGCAAACAGCCAAUUGACCGCCAACGACGAGAAGCUCCAUCCUUUCAUGUCGCUAAAGACCGGCAAGCCGAUUGAGAAGUUUCCUGCAACUUCAAAAGAAAUCGCGAAGCUUGGAUGUACGUACUCGCGCACCUGA